AGGCGGCUCAAUGGACGGCAACCAGGAUUGCUGUCUUCAAGUCCGGAAAGACAGGGGAAACUGCUGCUGGUUUGUUUUGCCUCAUGCAUGACGGAUUGGACUAUUAUGAGCGAAAACUGGAGUACAGGCGACAACUGACGAGAGCCACCAUCCAAUUACCACAACUCCACACUGCUCCCCGUGCCAACCUUGCAUGGACUGCAUGCCGCCAUAACAUCACUCAACCAAUCUUUGUGCUCCACUGGACAGUUGUUGACGUCCACUCACCAGUUUACAACCUAUAGUGGAAGCCCGGCCCCUGUUGCCGGUCAAUCACCAGCCAAGUUGCCGACUACACGCCCUGGAAGUGCCCCGUUACAGGGCAGCUGGGCGCAGGGCAGCAAUGUUCCUCUGGAAACCAGUCACUUUCUUUUCAAAACCAACACCGGAACCACACCGCUUUUUUCCACUGCAACCCCGAGCUACACCAUGGCAACAGGCUCAGUGUACUCCCCACCAACCAGACCUCUGCAUCGGAAUGCCCUGCCACAAUCAGCUUUCAAGUUUAAGAAGUCAUCUAGAUCCUGUUCCUGGAGGUGUACAGCCCUGAGUGCAGUUGGACUGUCUGUGCUUCUCACAAUUAUGCUCUGUUGUUGUAUAGCCAUGCAUCUAUUUGGACUAAACUGGCAGCUACAUGACAGCGAGAUGAAUGGAGCCUUUGAGAGCGGAAAUGGACGGAGAGUGACAGCCAUUAACUCUUUCCUGGUGUCUACACACAAUGGUAAAAUUUAUCUUGUCAAGAACAACACCAUAGACACAGGUGAAGUGGACAUAGGGAGACGAACUGUUCAAGAUGUUCCGCCGGGUGUGUUUUGGAGGUCCCAGCUGCAUAUUGACCAACCCCAGUUCUUGAAAUUCAACAUCUCUCUUCAGAAAGAUGCUCUUGUUGGAGUGUAUGGACGUAAGAGUGUUGCCCCCUCACACACUCAGUAUGACUUUGUGGAACUGCUGGAUGGCAGUCGUUUCACUUCAAAAGAGAAAAUUGUUGGUGGCAUUGGCGGCCAUGAUAAGGAAUAUUUAGGAGUGCGAUAUGCUCGAUCAGUGACCUUUCAUGAAGCCGGAUUCAUACAGUUCCUUGACGUUGGCAUCUGGCAUUUGGCAUUUUACAAUGACGGCUGCAACAUGGAGCAAAUGUCUUACAACACACUCGUCAUAGAGUCGUUGCUGGAGUGUCCGAAGAACUGUCAUGGAAAUGGGGACUGUGUCUCUGGAGUGUGUCAGUGUUUUCCUGGAUCUCUGGGCCCAGACUGCACCCGAGCUGCCUGUCCAGUACUGUGCAGUGGUAAUGGACAAUACUCCCGUGGGAGAUGCCAGUGCUUUAGUGGCUGGAAAGGCACUGAAUGUGACGUAUCAUCGAACCAGUGCAUCGACAUCCACUGUGGAGGACAUGGCAUCUGCAUCAUGGGUGCCUGCAUUUGCAACACUGGAUAUCAAGGAGACAACUGUGAGGAAGUGGACUGCAUUGACCCCGGUUGUUCAGCUCACGGAAUUUGUAUUCACGGACAAUGUCACUGUCAACCUGGAUGGGGAGGGAGCAGCUGUGAGAUUGCCAAGGCCAUGUGUCCAGACCAGUGUUCAGGUCAUGGUACCCACGACCCAGAAACCAUUACCUGUAAAUGCGACCGGAACUGGACUGGGCCGGACUGUUCUUUAGAAGUGUGUGAAGUUGACUGCGGUAGCCAUGGCUUAUGCCAUGGAGGCAUUUGCCAUUGUGAGGAAGGCUGGAUGGGAAAGGAGUGUGACCAGAAGGCCUGCCAACCUCUCUGCAGCAAAAACGGAGCGUGUAAGGAAGGAAAGUGUGAAUGUAACCAGGGAUGGACAGGAGAGCACUGCAACAUUGCACACAAUCUGGAUGUUAGAGUUAAAGAGGGCUGCCCUGGUCUCUGCAACAAUAAUGGCCAAUGUGCCCUGGAGUCAAAUGGAUGGCGCUGCAUCUGUCAAGCAGGCUGGAGGGGAGUUGGGUGUCAUGUACAGAUGGAAACACUCUGUACAGAUGGCAAGGACAACGAAGGAGAUGGAUUAGAGGACUGUAUGGAUCCAGACUGUUGUCUGCAGCCCAUUUGUCAGAAUGAAUUAUCCUGUCGAGGGUCACCUGAACCUGUGGAGAUACUCAAGAAGUCCCCAUCCACCUUGGCCGUGCAGCAAGUAGCCAGGUCUUUCUACCAACGCGUCCACUUCUUAGUUGGGCCAGAAUCCACACAUGUCAUCUUUGGCGAAAACCCAUUUAAAAAAAGCUUGGUGUCAGUGAUUCGAGGUCAGGUGUUGACGGCAGACGGCACCCCAUUGAUUGGAGUCAAUGUGUCGUUUGUCCACUACCCUGAACAUGGAUUCACAGUGACGCGCAAAGAUGGAAUGUUUGAUUUGCUGGCCAAUGGUGGAGCAUCACUGACACUGAGUUUUGAACGUGCUCCAUUCCUCACCCAGUAUAGAACUGUGUGGGUACCAUGGAACAAGUUCUACGUGAUGGACACACUGGCAAUGAAAAAAGAGGAGAAUGACAUUCCCAGCUGUGACCUGAGUGGAUUCAUCGGACCCGCCUCUCUAAUCGUAGUUUCCCCGUUAUCCACAUUUUAUAGAAGCUCUCCUGAGGAUGGACCCAUUAUUCCUGAAACACAGGUAUUGCAAGAGCAGACUCUGAUUCCUGGCAGUGAACUGAAACUGGUCUACCUCAGCUCUCGAGCUCCAGGAUACAGGCCUGUCCUCAAAGUGACAAUGACCCGGUUGUCCAUUCCAUUUAACCUGAUGAAGGUUCAUCUAAUGAUAGCUGUGGUGGGUCGGCUAUUCCAAAAGUGGUUCCCUGCACAACCACACUUGUCUUACUCGUUCAUCUGGGACAAGACGGAUGCGUAUGGUCAACGUGUGUUUGGGCUUACUGAAGCUGUGGUAUCUGUAGGGUUUGAGUAUGAAUCAUGUCUAGAUUUGAUUCUCUGGGAAAAAAGAACUGCCCUAUUACAAGGAUAUGAGCUUGAUGCGUCCAACAUCGGAGGAUGGACACUGGAUAAACAUCACAUCCUGGAUGUUCAAGAAGGAAUCCUGUACAAAGGAAAUGGUGAAAAUGUUUUUAUUUCCCAGCAGCCCCCAGUCAUCAGCAGCAUUAUGGGAAAUGGACGACGACGCAGCAUUUCUUGUCCAAGCUGUAAUGGACAGGCAGAGGGUAACAAGCUGCUGGCACCGUUAGCUUUGGCCUGUGGAGCAGAUGGAAGCAUCUAUGUGGGAGACUUCAACUACAUCAGGAGGAUCUUUCCUUCUGGUAAUGUGACGAGUGUCAUGGAGCUGAGAAACAAAGAUUUCAGACAUAGCAACAAUCCAGCUCAUCGUUAUUACUUGGCUAUAGACCCAAUUUCUGGCCAGCUCUAUGCAUCCGACACCAACUCCAGGAAAAUCUACAGACCAAAAGUACUGAGUGGUGCUGAAGACCUAAUCAGCAAUGUAGAAGUGGUGGUUGGCACAGGUGAACAGUGCCCACCGUUUGAUGAGGGACAUUGUGGAGAUGGCAAGAAAGCAACAGAAGCACAGCUGCUUGGACCCAAAGGAAUUGCAGUUGACAAAAAUGGAUUAAUCUACUUCGUGGAUGGGACCAUGAUCAGGAAAGUGGAUCAAAAUGGAAUAAUAUCUACCUUGUUGGGCAGUCAUGACUUGACAUCUGCCCAACCUUUGACCUGUGAUGCAACUAUGCACAUAACACAGGUUCGUUUGGAAUGGCCAACAGAUCUUGCCAUCAAUCCGUUUGAUAACUCCAUCUACGUCCUGGACAACAAUGUGGUGCUUCAGAUUACUGAGAAUCAGCAGGUCCGUAUUGUGGCAGGGCGUCCCAUGCACUGCCAAAUACCCGGUAUAGAAUACUCAUUGGGAAAACAAGCUAUACAGACCAUGUUGGAGGGUGUUACAGCAAUUGCAUUGUCCUACAGCGGAGUCCUCUUCAUUGCAGAAACAAAUGAGAAGAAAACACACCGUAUUCGUCAGGUGUCAACGGAUGGUGAAAUUACUCAUCUGGCUGGUGCACCAGCUGACUGUGACUGCAAGAACGAUGCUAACUGCGACUGUUACCAAAUGGGAGAUGGUUAUGCCAAAGACAGCCGUCUUAACUGUCCGUCUUCUUUGGUCGUUUCCCCUGAUGGGACUUUGUACGUUGCUGACCUAGGAAACAUCCGUAUUCGGGCAAUCCAACAAAACAAGCCAACUGGUUCAUUGGCCUCACUCCGUGACUCCUAUGAAGUUGCAUCUCCAUCUUCUCAAGAGCUCUAUGUGUUUGACUCUAAUGGCACGCACCAGUUCACCCUGUCACUUGUAACGGGUGACUAUAAAUACAAUUUUACCUACAGCAAUGAAAAGGAUGUUACUGCAGUUACGGACAGCAGCGGGAACACGCUUCGUAUCCGCAGAGACACUAACAGGCUUCCAGUGCGUGUAGUUGCUCCAAAUAAUCAAGUCAUCUGGUUGACAGUCGGAACAAAUGGUUGCCUGAAGUCUCUUAGUGCUCAUGGUCAAGAGCUGGUCUUCUAUACCUGCCACGGCAACACUGGCUUACUGGCCACAAAGAGCACCAAAAUAGGCUGGACAACUUUCUAUGAUUAUGACAACGAGGGCCGUCUUACAAAUGUGACCUUCCCCACGGGUGUGGUAACGAAUCUACAUGGUGACAUGUCUUCAGGGACUGUUACUGUGGACAUUGAGACAUCAGUGAGAGAUGACAAUGUUUAUAUAACAACCAACCUGUCAUCCAUCGACGCUUUCUACACUCUGGUACAAGACCAGCUUCGAAAUAGCUAUCGGAUUGGAAAAGACCAGUCACUGCGAGUUAUUUAUGCGAAUGGGAUGGACACACACUUUCAGACGGAGCCACAUAUACUAGCAGGUGCAGCAAGCCCAACAGUUGCACGACGCAACAUGUCUCUACCUGGGGAGAAUGGUCAAAACUUGGUGGAGUGGCGGUUCCGCAAGGAACAGGCCAGGGGCAAAGUCAGUGUCUAUGGAAGAAAGCUCAGGGUGAACGGCAGAAACAUUUUGUCAGUGGAUUAUGAUCGGACCCUUAGGACAGAGAAAAUUUAUGAUGAUCACCGGAAGUUUCUGCUCAAGAUCAUAUAUGACACGCAGGGCCACCCGAUCCUCUGGGUACCCAGCAGUAAACUACUUUCUAUAAACCUGACAUACUCCAGCAUGGGUCAGGUGACAAGCCUGCAGAGGGGUCCAACAACGGAAAAAUGGGAGUACGACAGUCAGGGAAGGAUUAUCUCCAGAGUGUUUGCCGAUGGAAUGAUGUGGAGCUAUACUCACCAGGAUAAGUCAACAGUGUUGCUACUGCAAAGCCAGAACCAAUACAUAUUUAAUUACGGCUCAGGGCAUCGCCUCGCUGCUGUCACAAUGCCCAAUGUGGCUCGACAUGUCAUGCAGACAAUACGUUCCAUUGGAUAUUACCGGAACAUCUACACUCCACCAGAGAGCAACGCAUCAGUGACGGUUGAUUUUUCUGAAGAUGGACAGCUCCUCAGGGUUGUACAUCUAGGAACUGGCCGUUGCAUCUUGUACAAAUACCGCAAACAGAACAAGCUUGCAGAAAUCCUUUAUGACUCAACCCGUGUUAGUUUCACGUAUGAUGAAUCUGCUGGCGUUCUGAAGACCGUCAACUUGCAGAGCGAAGGCUUCAUUUGCUCAAUUCGCUAUCGGCACAUAGGCCCCCUGGUGGAUCGGCAGAUAUUUCGCUUCAGUGAGGAUGGGAUGGUGAAUGCCCGCUUUGACUACACUUAUGACAACAACUUCAGAGUUACAAGCAUGCAGGCAGUGAUAAAUGAGACGCCGCUCCCUAUUGAUCUCUACCAAUUUGAUGAUAUAUCGGGCAAGGUAGAGCAGUUUGGGAAAUUUGGAGUCAUCUAUUACGACAUCAAUCAGAUCAUCUCUACAGCAGCGAUGACAUACACCAAACACUUUGACCAGCAUGGUCGCAUCAAGGAGAUUCAGUAUGAAAUCUUUAGAUCUCUAAUGUACUGGAUCACCAUUCAGUAUGAUAACAUGGGCCGUGUCACCAAGCGGGAAAUCAAGAUUGGACCCUUUGCCAAUACCACCAAAUAUGGUUAUGAAUAUGAUGUUGAUGGACAGCUCCAGACGGUCUCCCUAAAUGAAAAGAUGAUGUGGAGGUAUAACUAUGAUCUAAAUGGAAACCUACACCUCUUCAACCCAGGGAUCAGUGGUCGUCUCACCCCUCUCCGCUACGACCUAAGAGACAGAAUAACCCGCCUGGGAGAUGUUCAGUACAAACUGGAUGAGGAUGGCUUUCUCAGACAAAGAGGGGCUGAAAUAUUUGAGUAUAAUUCCAAAGGUCUCUUGGUUAGAGUCUACAGUAAAGCUGCCAGUUGGACCAUUCAAUACCGGUAUGACGGUUUAAGCAGGCGAGUUGCAUCUCGAAACAGCUUAGGUCAGCACCUGCAGUUCUUCUACGCUGACCUCAACUACCCCACCAGGAUCACUCACAUCUACAAUCACUCCAGCACCGAAAUAACCACUCUCUACUAUGACUUGCAGGGUCACGUGUUUGCCAUGGAGAUCAGCAGCGGAAAUGAGUUUUAUAUUGCGUGUGACAACACUGGAACCCCCCUGGCAGUCUUUAACAACAAUGGAUUGCUGCUUAAACAGGUGCAAUACACAUCGUACGGUGAGGUGUAUUUUGAUUCCAAUCCAGACUUUGUGCUGGUGAUUGGUUUCCACGGUGGGUUAUAUGAUCCACUGUCAAGACUGCUACAUUUUGGCGACAGAGACUAUGAUAUACCUGCUGGCAGAUGGACAACUCCAGACAUCAGCACAUGGACACGGGUGGGAAAAGAUCCGCAUCCAUUUAACCUGUACAUGUUUCGAGGGAACAAUCCAAUCAGCAAAGUACAUCAGGUCAAAGAGUAUCUAACAGAUAUUAACAUCUGGUUGGUAACAUUUGGAUUCCAUCUCCACAACGCUAUCCCAGGAUUCCCAGUUCCUCAAUAUGAUCCAAGUAGACCUCCGCUAGAGAUGAGAAAGAGCCAGCUUUGGGAUGAUCUUCCAUCUAUCUCGGGCGUCCAGCAGGAAGUGACCAGUCAAUCUCGUGCUUUUCUGUCAUUCGAACGAAUCGCACCGCUUCACUCAGGUUGCCAUCCUUCGGAUGAUGACAAACCUUGGCUGUGGUUCGCCGUUGUCAAGUCUCUCAUUGGCAAGGGGGUAAUGCUAGCUGUCAUCCAGGGCCGAGUUGUGACCAAUUCCUUGAAUGUGGCUAAUGAGGACUGCAUCAAAGUAGCUUCUGUCUUGAACAACGCUUUUUACCUGGAAGAUCUACAUUUCACUGUCGAGGGCAGGGACACCCACUACUUCAUCAAGACAAGUCUGCCUGACAGUGAUCUAAGCACGCUGCACCUCACCUCUGGUAGGCGCUCACUGGAAAAUGGCAUCAACAUAACAGUGUCUCAGUCCACAACAGUGAUGAAUGGCAGAACCCGGCGUUUUGCUGAUGUUGAAAUGCAGUAUGGUUCUCUGUCGCUUCACAUCCGAUAUGGAACUACACUAGAUGAGGAGAAAGCACGGAUACUGGAGCAUGCAAGGCAAAGGGUUCUAUCCCAUGCAUGGGGUCGUGAGCUGCAAAGAGUAAGGGAUGGAGAGGAGGGCGUUCGCCUGUGGACAGAGGGAGAAAAGAGGCAGCUGCUUAGCAGUGGAAAAGUUUUGGGGUACGAUGGCUACUAUGUCUUGUCUGUUGAGCAGUAUCCUGAGUUUGCAGAUAAUGUGAACAAUAUACAAUUUCUUCGGCAGAGUGAGAUUGGGAAGAGAUAACAUAGAGGAAUCCCUUAGACUUUGACUGUCAGGAAAGCAUUCUUACCUACUUUAAACACAGAUGACUUCCAGUGCCACCUUUAACACCCUGACACACUGGAGCUGGGAUGUAUGAUUUGGGUUUUGAAAUGUAUGUGUAUCUGCCUUUUCCCUGGCUCUGUUUCUCUUUUCUAUCCAAUUAUUUCUGUCUAUUUUUUCUCUGUCCUUUGCCCAGGCAUCUGCAAAUGUGCUUAUCCUUUGUGGGCUAAACAAAUGAGAGUUAUAUAUCAAACAGCCUGCGUCUCCACCCUGGUACUUGAACUCAACUCAGGCUUGAAGUUAUUAGAAGGUGCCCAGCAUACAGCUAACCAUCCAACUUUGCCUGAGUGGAACCCAGACAACAGUUGAGGUUCCAAAUGUAAUCAGACUCGUUGUUGGGUCCUCAUAACAGGGGCUGACACAAACUUUUUUUUUUUUAUUUGUACACAGAACAAUGUCACAAAGACAGAAUAGUUUUCCUAUUGAAAAUGCAUCUGCUUUGAAGUGAAUUGUGCUUUGAAUGAACAGAAGACACCAUGAAUCAUCCCACUCUCGAUGCCGUUUCCACCAGUGCCCAAGACACGGGGACUAUCUGUUCACUUUCAAGUUGAUUACAUUCGCUUUUUAAUCGUUGUUCUCCUAGUCAGCCUAUCCUUUUCUUGGCAACAUGUACGGUAGCUUUGUGUGGGUGUGUGCAUGCCCGUGUGUCAAUGUGUAUGUAUGUGUGUACACAUCUGUGUGUCAAAUAGGACACCAUAUUUCUGCCACACGUAGUAAGUACAGUGUUUUCUCAUUCGUUGGUGGUAGGCUUGCUUGCAGUAGACACAUGGCAUUUUUGUGUUGGGAAUUUAACGUUCCUUCUCAAUGUUUCUGCUCAUUUUACUUGAAGCAAAAGUGACAUCUGAGUUAUUGAGCAGGCGUCAGUGUCAAAUUAUGUUACUUGAUAUACUUCUUUUCUUUUAGUGGAAUUGUGUAAUGGCUAAUGGGAAAUGAAUCUGUGCAGAACUACUAAUGAGUCAGUUAACAUAGGGAAGUUUUUAAACAAUCUUCAUGGAUCUGUUUUCUUUGAAAGCUUGAAAAUGUCACUUAUCCAACCAGCACUAUCCAUGAUGGUUAUUUAUGUACAUUGUUUUUUAAAAAAUAAAUUCCCAAACUUUUUUUUGUCCAAUGACCUCAGUAUGUAAUGGACAAGAAUGUUUAAUUUUUUCAACUUUUGUGUCACCACUCUGUCACCCAUCUUCCAAUGUGGGUCACAUCUUGAGGAAGAAAAUAUUGAAAUAUAUGUACUGAAAUAUGAAAUAUGAGAGAUGCAUUAAAUAAGAAGCACAACCUGUGAGCUGCACCCCUUGUCAAUAUCAAACCCUCCAGACUGCUUGAACUUGUUGAUAUGGAUUUCCUUUCAACAGAAACAGGACAGCACGAUUCACACGGCAAUCCUGUCAAACCACUAACAGAUGCACACAACUGCACAAGAAACACUGGUCACUGGUUACUCACCAUACGAGUUGAUGUUCAACCGACAACCGUGUCUGCUGGUUGACUGAGCCAGUGUAGGGGAGAAAUGGAAUACAUGUACCAACGUAUUUUGAAUACAAAUUCUGAGUGAUUGUAUUCUGUUAGUUACAGAUUUCAUUGGUGGGAUUUGGAAGAUAUGUGGUCUGAAAUUAUUUCGAAAUUUGAAACCAUCAUUGCGGAGACUGUUAAAAGAGAAGUCAAGUCAGCUGUGAAAUCUUUUGAGGAGAAGCUCAUGACACAAAAGAGCACUGUCGACGAACUGGAGAGGUGUGCUAAUGAGCAUGAUAACAAGCUGGCGGAGCUACAGGCUAAGGUGACUUCAUUGACAGACAACGUCGAAUCACUGAGAAAGACAUGUGAGGACUUGGAGGCGCGCUCCAGGUGGAGCAAUAUCAGACUCAUUGGAUUGCCUGAAGGGACAGAAGGACCUCGCCCGACUGAUUUCAUCGCCAGUCUACUACAGGAGUUGCUUGGGCUGGAGACGGAGCCGCUUUUAGACCGGGCUGACCGCACGUUGCGUGCCAAGCCGAAACAUGACGAACCUCCUCGCCCGCUUAUUGUUCGGAUGAACCGAUUCCAAGACAGGAAUCUGAUUCUACAAAGUGCAAGUAAAGCUUCACCUUUGAUGUACAGAGAGAAGAGGAUCCAUAUUUUCCCGGACUUUACGUCGGCGGUGGCCAAGCAGCAUGCGGCUUUCAGUCCUGUGAAGCGUAGACAUCCAGAUAUACGGCUGAUCCUAGUCUGGAUAGAUCAUCCAGUACUCCAACUUCAAUCUCUAAAUCAGCCAAAAUAAUUUGAAGUUUCAUGGAAGAAUUUGGAAUGAUAGAUCCUUGGCGUACUUUGAAUCCUUUAAAAAGACAGUUUUCUUUUUUUU